CACCUAUAUUAAUACCAUCGGGAUUCCCGUGAUAAGCGUGAGGGUCUUGUUACUUGAUAAAUAGCGUCUAAUAUUAUCCAACGUCAGAACAUCCCUAGCCCAAAAUACAGAAUUGGGUGCAGACACCACUGAAAAAAAAACCUUUAAAAAUGCCUUUCGAAAUUUACAUUCCAGACAAUCUGACUUUCCAAGACUAUAUUGCUGUUAUCCAAACAGCAAGGGUUUGGGCUGACGGUUAUGACACAAAGAGUGAAGAGCGACUCCUCGCCGCUUUAGCACCAGAGGUUUCUGUCGACUACACGCUAAUCGUGCCAGUGUGGGGAGUAAAGCAGUACAAGGCGGCCGAGUUCGCGGCCCUUUGGCUCUCAGAGGAGCACCUAGGCCUUAAGCCCUUAGUGACACAGCACCUCCUGGCGCAGCCAUAUUUCAAGAAGGUCACCGCCGAUGAAAUUGUGGUAGAGUGGCAGCAAUUGGCGAGUCACGGGCGGUUGCAAGCCGACGGUGGGAGCGCGAGGGACGCGUCUGCCACAAGGAUCAACGAGACCAGUGACGGGAGGAGCCACAUGCAGCAUCAAUUCAUCCGAGCUGGGGGCCUGUGGAAGAUCGCAAGGAUUACCCCGUCUCUCCUUUAUCAGACUGGGGACUUUAUGCGUAUUAGGAGACCAGAAGGUGAGCAGUAG